AUGGAUAAGGCAUCUGAUAUACCUGUAUUUAAACAAGGGAAAUGGAGCCCUGAAGAAGAUAAAGCUCUAAAAGAUGCAGUGGAGUUUUAUGAAGAAAAGAAUUGGAAGGCUAUAGCUAAAGAGCUAGGACAAAGGAGUCCGCUACAGUGCUUUAACAGGUGGUCUCUUAUAUUGAAGCUAAAUCUAAUAAAAGGACCCUGACAGCCUCACGAAGAUAUAAUAUCCUAUCUGCUUUUAAUCCUGUCAUCUACAUUCUGUACUAUUUAUCUAUUAAAAUCACUAAUAGCUCUCUAGUAGUAUAAUAAAUAUGGCACUUAUAACUUUAUUGAUAUUUAGGCUGAGAUUUUAUAAUCCAUUAUGGCUCUGGCAGUUUUUCAUAUAGUGACUUACACUAUCUAGAACAAGGCUUUUUUUGUUGUUGGCGCUAUCAAAAAAAGCCCCGUUCUAGAUAGUGUAAGUCGCUAUAUCAGCAAAUAAGCUGACUUGCAAAAAGAUUAAACUAUUAUAAUUAUUUAUAUUAAACUCUCUAGAAGUAAAGCUAGAAGCAAUACAAAAUCCUAUAAAACGCUCAGAGAAUGAGUUAAGGAGAAUGGCCCACAUGGCUGACCAAAAUGUUCUAGGCAAAUUCCAGGGCGUAAUAGCAAGCAAUGCCGCAGGCGAUAUCUUAAAAUGCUGAAUUCAGACCUUUUCAGAAGCAAGUGGACUCCAGAAGAAGACUCAAUUCUUUUUAUAAUGCACAAAAAAUACGGCUCCAAAUGGUCAUUAAUUGCUAAAUCUCUGCCAAAUCGAACUGUUCUUUCUAUUAAAAGCCAUUUCUAUGAGAUAAAAAAGAAACUACAGAAAAAAUUUCCAGAGUUAAUUGUCAAUGGGAAAUUUAAAAUCGAUUCUAUUGUUCCUUAUGUACGUUACUCAAAUACGCAUAAACCUGAAGAAAAUGCAUUAAGUGAAGCAAAAUAUCAGGGAACUGAAUGGUUUCGAGACGAAAAGUAA